GUAGGUGGCACCACUGCGCUUCCUGCUGCCAUACUUUUCUUUGUGAGACGAGAAGUGUUGCAAGGUUUUUUCGCAUCGCGGAAAAAGGAAGCUUUUAUUCGAUAUCUGCAAGCGUACUAUGAGUAGUGUACAGAUUCAGAAUGGAACGGGUCUAGAGCAGCAAUUUGCUGGUCUGGACUUGAAGCAGCAAGGCGGUCAAUUUAUUGCUCCUGGAGGAAGUCGCUAUGUGCCUCCUCACCUGAGAUCUACCCGAGGUCCAGGAUCUGAAGAGAAACCGUUCCCUGUCCCACAAGAAAGAGAUUUUCCGAACGAUCGUGAUUUUAACAGAGACGCUGGAAGGGGUUUUACCCAAGCAACAAAUUCCUACAGAGGUGGUAGUGCCCAACGUGGAGUGCCCAGCACUGGUGGUGGUUACCCCAGGCGGGGAGGAUUUAAUGGAGGUGGUGGUGGUGGGAGCUAUGCUGCUUGUCCUCCACAGAGAUGGGAGGGAGAGUAUGAAAAUGGUGGAGGAUGGAAUGGAGGUCCUCAGCCACCACAAUGGAAUGCUGAUGCUCCACCACCUGUCAUUCAAAAUGAACGUUGGCAAGAGCCUCCUCCUCCGGCCGGUCAAUGGGUUGCCAACGAUCGCUGGAAAGAACCCCAAAGGCGCUCGGCGACAACGGAUAGUCGCGGCGGUGGUUACGGAGGAAAUGCUCGCUGGAAAGAAUCGAGUGAAUCUGAUUGGACCACACUUACUGCUAAAGACGAUAGACUUGAAUUGGAAAUGUUUGGCACGGGCAACUCCGGUAUUAACUUCGAUAAAUAUGAAGAUAUUCCCGUGGAGGCGACGGGCAAUGACGUGCCAGCUCACAUCAACACGUUUGAAGACGUGAAGUUGACUGAGAUCAUUCGUUCGAAUAUCGCUUUGACUCGCUAUGACAAGCCAACGCCAGUUCAGAAAUACGCCAUUCCGAUUAUUCUGGCUCGACGAGACGUAAUGGCUUGCGCUCAGACAGGCUCGGGAAAGACCGCAGCAUUCUUGGUUCCGAUAUUGAACCAAUUAUUUGAGCGUGGGCCCGUUGUGAACCAGUCAGCUGGACAACGUUCGUACGGACGUCGCAAGCAGUAUCCGUUGGCCUUAGUUUUAGCACCUACUCGUGAGUUGGCCACACAAAUCUACGACGAAGCCAAGAAGUUCGCAUACCGCUCUCGUGUCCGCCCAUGCGUCGUUUAUGGUGGUGCGGAUGUCCGCCAACAGAUGCAGGAUUUGGAACGGGGAUGCCAUUUAUUGGUUGCCACACCCGGACGUCUUGUCGACAUGUUGGAACGUGGCAAGAUUGGCCUCGAGCACUGCAACUUUUUGGUGUUAGACGAAGCAGAUAGAAUGUUAGACAUGGGUUUCGAACCCCAAAUCCGCCGCAUUGUUGAACAAGAUACGAUGCCUAAAACUGGAGACCGUCAGACGCUCAUGUUCUCUGCCACGUUUCCUAAGGAAAUUCAGAUGCUGGCCCGUGACUUUUUGGAGAACUACAUUUUCUUGGCAGUCGGUCGUGUUGGAUCUACUUCAGAAAACAUUACGCAAAAGAUCGUUUGGGUAGAGGAACACGACAAGCGUUCUUUCCUUCUCGAUCUGCUCAAUGCUUCGGGUCUCAAUAAGUUCAACAGUCAAGUUGAAACCGAGUCCACUGAGCAUGAGCAGCUGACCCUGGUGUUCGUCGAAACAAAGCGCGGAGCCGACGCUCUGGAGGAGUUCUUGUACCGCGACGGCUAUCCGGUGACUUCCAUCCACGGAGAUCGCAGCCAACGGGAGCGCGAAGACGCUCUUAAACGGUUCCGUUCGGGCAAAACACCCAUUUUGGUGGCUACGGCCGUUGCUGCUCGUGGUCUUGAUAUCCCUCACGUCAAGCACGUCAUCAAUUUUGACCUUCCCUCUGACGUUGAAGAAUACGUUCAUCGAAUUGGUCGUACCGGACGUAUGGGCAAUCUCGGUGUUGCAACGUCGUUCUUUAAUGAAAAGAACCGCAAUCUCAUCCGCGAUUUAGUUGAAUUGAUUAUCGAAACGAAGCAAGAACUUCCCUCUUGGCUCGAAGGCAUGGCCAUGGACAUCAAGCACCAGUCUGGCGGUGUAAGUCGUCGCGGUGGUGGUGGUCGUGGCGGAGGACGAUUCUCUGGCGGAUUCGGUUCCCGAGAUUACCGUACUUCUACAUCGGGCAGCGGCGGCAGCACUCGUCCUGGCGGCUCGGUCGGUGGUCCACGCACAAGCGGCGGUGGAUCCUACCCCAACUACAGCGCUCCACCUCCAACUCACGUCGUUCGGAUGGCGCCCAUGCCUUCUAUGCCCAUUUUCACAGGAGGAUAUGGCGGUUAUGCUCCAAGUGGUUACGGCUACGCACCCCCUCAUCACUCCGCUCCAGAUUGGUGGGGCCAGUAGAUGAUUCACGGGAGACAAAGAAAUCCUCGGCGGCGACUUCAAGGUGUUGAAAUCCCCAAGAUACACCAUUGGAUUAUCUUUCUCUCCCCAAAGCGACGAUGGAAAUGAGGUUGGUCUAAAAAGCCGAGAAAAAUGCUUUUCUCAAACAAAAAAAAACAACUUCGACGUUGGUAGUGAUUUAGAACUAUUUUGUCCUUUUUUUCUCACUCUCCUUUAUCUCCUGUUUCCUCAAUGUGUUUUUUUUUUGUACUCGUAAUAGCCUCCCUAUUUUUCAGCACCAUCUUUUUUCUCUCCCGAAUUUUUUUUAAGCAAACAAAUUAUUCUAAAACAAAUGUAUCGUACGCCGCCGCUCUGCUCUCUUUUUGCCGUCCCUUCAGGUGGAUGUCCGCGUGUGAUACCCUCUGCACAAUGAUGGCAUUACUCGCCCCACGUGACGUCCUUGACAACAAAAGAUUAGUUGAGGAUGGAUACGCUCAGUCCCUCCCACCAUACCUCCUUAUAUUCUCCACUCCCUCUCCCUUACUUCGUAAUUAUUCAAUUUAUUUUGAUUUUGGCACACAGCAGAUGUUGAAUCCCAGUUAAUAUCGUCAAGGUUUUCAAACUUUUUUCUUCUAUAUAUAAUUUUUUUUUUCCUUGAAAGAGACGAGUUGCAGUUUCGACCACUGAUGGGCUUUUCUCAGAUUUUUUGAGAUCAAGACGGCUGUUAAAAAAGAAAGCGACAAACUACUACUACUACUAUAGGGGAAAUAAUUAAUAAAUUUAUUAUUUUUUUUUUUUUUUAACGAGACGAAGCACAUUGUGUACCACGGGUGUCGUGCCUAGAAGCGAAAAGUUGAGAAAGGCCAGGGCUGGGUGUUUUUUUGGGUGGGUGAAUACAAUAUCGUUUGUGUCUUAUUCCCAAUCGUCGCCUCGCGUCCAUAUUAUAGAUCUUUCUCUCUUUGUGUUUGAAUUUCAGCUUUAGUAACUACUCCCUCGAAUUUGUUCUGUCGAAACAACCCCGAGACCGCGAAAUUUCUAAGCGUUCUCAUCAAACAAAUUUUGCCUAAUGUAAACUUAACAAGAUGUUGUUUUUUACACACACAAAAUUUUCCCAAAGGCCAAGUUGUUGUUUCAUUGUUGCCCAAUCAGAGACGAGGAAAGAAGAAGAAACUAUAUUUUUCUUUUUUUUUUGUGGUCUUUUUUAAUUUCUUUUUUCGUUGAGGAAGAAGAUACAAAAAGAAUACAAAACCAAACUGCUGUGAUACGUCGGGCACGACAGUGUAAAUGCGAGAAAAAGGGAGAGACUUGUUAUACCGGGUACACACACACAGGUCGCGCUGCGUUUAUGUGAGCAUUUUUCUUUUUGCCCCCUCAUUUUCGGCCCCACAUGCCACAAAUCCUCCUCACCUUCCCUCACACACUUAAAGGAUGAUUUCACAUUGAAACUCAUCCCCAUCCCCAAUUUUUCCAAAUAUAGUAAAUCGUUUUUUUUUUGUUUGAUUGAGGAAGAAACAAUUGCUAAUCUUGAAAGCGAAAUAUGAAAGUGUCAAGUUAAACUGAUUGAUUGAGGAAAGGAAAUGUAGUUGCCUGUUCGCAUUCCAAAGCUCUGCUGACGACCAUACACUUAUAUUUAGGGAAAUGUCGAAGGGACUUGUUUAUUUUAACGAAUGAAAUUCAAUCGGCACACACUUUUUGCGCGCUUCUUGAGGAUGUUUUUUUUUUCUCAAUUUUUUAAGAAGACGAAUUGAAUUUUUCAUCUUUUUUAUCAUAGCAACGGGAAUGGAAGUGAUUUUUUGCCUUCUGUCGAUUCGAAAGAUUGAAUUUCGCGCGGUUCCAACCAAAACCCCUUCCCUCUCAAUCCCUCACGCAAAAGUCUAGUCUCAUCGAAAAAAAAACCCUGUUGUGUAGUUUCUUUUUCCCGAUUAACUUAACUGAAGCACACACUCCCCCCUCGAAAGAAAACAAUCUGUUUUUCGUUUUUCUUCUUUGCUGGGCAGGUUCCAGUCUUUCGUCGAGUUUUUUUCUUUGCAGCUAGUAGGCCCUAAUUAAAAGAAACAAUCAAUCCCGCACGCCCACUUUUUGUUCUCUUAUCGUUCCGUGCGUUUCCAUCCUCGUUUGUCUCGCUAUUUUUGAACGAAAUCUGAUGAGAUUAUUGAAAAGGCAAAUUUGUGUGGGAAAAAAGAACCAAAAUCGGGUUUUUGGGGUUUUAGGAAAUAAUUUAAAUUUGCGAAAGUCGUGGGUUUAUUUAAUCUUUUCCAUAACAAUUUGUGAGAGAAUCAAACGUAACGAACUGCCAAAAAACAUUAGGGAGGUUAAAUUUCUCAAUUUCCCGUUUUUUUUUCCAACUUAACAAUUUUUUUUUGUUUAUUUUGGUUAUGGGUUUGUUGUUUUUCCUGUCUUUGUGGGGGAGGAGAGUAUUCGGUUGCCAGUGCACUUGUGGGUUGGUGUGUUAAUUCGUCGGUUGUGUUCUCUCGUGUCUUCUCUUUUUUAAAACAAUUCCCUCUGAAGAUAUCAGCGUAACAAAUGAGAAAAAAUUUGAUGUGGAGGAUCUAGAAAACCCGCUCUAUUUACUCGUCCUCCUCCUGAGCGCCGGUCGUCGAAACAUGUUUGUUCGUUCCACUCGUCCUCUCGUCUUCAACGAGCGUCUGAUCUCUAAAAGUUUUAGUUGACAAACGUCUUUCAGGAUAAAUGAUGAUGUGACAUUGCGGGCCGUGCCCACGCGAUGAUUACACACACACACAAUAGACACGAUGAGGGGGUUUGUACGGGGUUUCCUUUCAUGUUGAUACCUGUGGUACGGCCGUCUUGGGUGCCCCAGUGCCUCGUCGAACAAGUAACGCUCUUUCAUAGACCAGUAAAACAAAAAAAGAAAAUGAUUUUCCUUUUUAAUUCAAUUUUUUUUUUCUCUUAGUAAUUAAUUGAAAACACAAGAAUAUUUUUCUCAUCCGCCGCCGACGCCAAAGCGUGUCCUUCCAAAACGGGUUGUACGUUUCCUUCCUUCAUUUUUUUUCUCGCCAUCUCCCAUCUUUCACUAUUUCUCUCUCUCUAUCCCCGCCUUUCGUUUUUGAUACUAUUUUCUUUUUCCCUUUUGCCUAUUUAAAAAGAUUUCAAAAAAGAAUUUCAUUCGUAGCUGGAAGAAGGCUCUAUGGCUCGGCGGAAGACUCGAUUAAAAAAAACUGCUGAACACAAUAAGGAAAUGAGUUUUUUCCCCCAUCUUCCUCCACCGUGUUGUCACACAUUUAUUUUUAAAUUUUCUCUCUGGUCCAAGCUCUCGAUAUGAAGAAGUAAAAGAAAAGAAAAUAACUAUUCUCUGCCAAAGUCAAGUCUUUUUUAGGCGCAGUGCGGUACGAUGCAUCUCUUUCACACAUUAUUUUUUUCAUUAAUUUUUUUUUCUUUUGAAUUUCCCCUCAUUACGAUUUGUAACUCCUUCCCACGUUACAUUCUUGGUUUUUUUUUUCUCCCUUCAAUCCCGUUGCAUAUCUCUUUAAUGGUUAAUUUCUCUCUUCCCCUUCUUGCUCCUCUGCGCAGAACACACAUUUUCUGUCAUUCGUAUUGUACCAUUUUCUUAUAACGGAAAAAAAAAAAAAAAAAAUUAUUGUACGUCGAAGGCCGCCCUUUCUUGUACUAAGCAAAAUUGCUCUUAGUGUGUAGACGACGACGAAGUCCUACACGUUUCCGUUGUCGUCAUGAAAUUUCAGCGAGGAUAAAAACAAAACAAACAAACAAAACAAAUACAAGAAUGCUUCCUAUCAAUUGGUUGUUUUGUUCACAUUUUCUUAUUUCGAUUGCCAUUUUUUUUUUCUAUUAACGCGCCGCGCAUGGAAACAACGUGAGAAAAAGAAAUGUGUUCUUUUCUUGGAGCGAAGAAAAAGAAGAAAGCGGCGUGUUUGGUCAUGAAUUGUUCACGUGAUUUGUCUUGAUCAUCAGGGGCAAGGGGAAAUCCAAAGAUGUUGACCUCUCUAGCCCGGGCAGUCGGAUGUUUAGGUCAACUUUGUGGGAGAGCUGAGUUUAGUUUUUGGGUUUUGUUUUUGAAACGUUCUCUCUCACUCGUUUCCAUGCCAAGGCGAGGGGUAGAGAAUCAAAUGUGUCGUAAUUCGGGGAUGACUGUAUAUAAAUUGGGGAGGUGCCUCUGCCUUGGCUUGAGUGUGUGUGUGUGUUGUAAAGGGAAGUCAGUUCCUAGAAAUCGGUAGGAGUGUGCCGAAGCCGGCAACAGUAGCAGUUCUCCAGUCGUCCGAUUGAGACCAUCACAGACUGAAGAGCCCCCCCAAAGUCAUGUCCCACCACCGCCCAACGACGAAGAGAUGGCCUUCUACUAUUGGCGUCGUCUAUCUCGGCUGGCUGGCCAGCUGUUUUGUGAUUGCUGCGAUCGACGCCGCUCCACUCGUUUUGACUACACAGGAGCCCAUGGGUCAGACUGUUGCCGAGGACAGUUAUAGUUCCGGCGUUCCUUACGAGUUUCCUGAAGAUUAUUCCAUCAGUCUGGAGGAAGCCGUGGCCACCCGGAAGGAGUUUGCCAGUGCCGCAAUUCUCAAGAUGGUCGCUGACAUAAUGGCUGAGAUAGCACAAGGCAAGAAAGUCAGGCAAGAAAUGAUGGAGGCUAUUCAAGAUCUACAAGGGCGAUUGAGAGGUCAACAGGGAGAAGAAGAUGAGGCGAUCCAGAUUCCGGCGGAUUCGACAAGUCAACAAAUUGACGGCAGGCGAGCAGAGUCCAAGGAGAAGAGACCAAAGUCCUGUCAAGACCUCCAGCACGCUGGACAUUCACUCAGCGGAUUUUACCUCGUCAGGGGCAAGGCCAACCAACGAAUGGAAAUUGUCUUUUGCCCUUUCAACAACGAUACUCAUCAAGACGAUAAUUCUCUCAUACUGGAAGACACGGUGGAAAUUGUUGCAGCUGCUUAGACUCCUAGGAAACGAAACAAAUUCUCUCGUAUACAUAUAUAUAAAUAAUAUUAUAUAUCUAUAUCAAAACUAUUUUGAAAAUGUAUCUUUAUUAACGAUGGAAAUGGCGGUACGCUGACAUUUUUGCCUACUUAGUUUGAAAAACCAACAGUUGAUCAGGUAGAUCACGCAGCAUGUAUUUUGUGACAGGUGUAAUGUUGGAAAAGAUUCGUAAAAAAUAAGUAUUUAGUUUAAUUUGAAAAAUUGCCAUCUUUCGUUUGUUUUUCAUUUCGUUUCAACUGAAUACAAAAAAAAAAAUGUGACGUUGUUAAAUAAACGACCGUGUUCUCAAUUCGA